AUGCGCCGUUAUCAGCCUCCCGCAGGCGUCCGGGACAAACAAAUUUCCCAACGUAACCAUUUUGACACGGUCACGUUGGAAUUUUUCUUCUUUGCAAUCGAUACUCUGUUGAUACACGAACGCUUUUUGUUACUCGAAUCGAGAAGUUUUAUAACCAAUAUAGAAGCCCUGGACGGCCAGAACAUUUACAACGGGUGCUGCACGCUGCGCAUUGACUACUCAAAGAUGACCUGCCUGAACGUCAAGUACAACAACGACAAGUCGCGGGACUACACCAACCCAACGCUGCCCUCUGGCGACGGCGACACCCACCAGCUGUUGACCAGUGAGUUGAUGUCACUGAGGGCUCGCAUCCUGGCCCACGCCUCCGGGAAGAGUGGUGGUGUUUUAGCGCCCCCGUUCCUUGGUCUUGGAUCAGGGUUAGCUUCGCCGUACGGUGUCGGGGUAGGCGGUGUUGGCCUGCCUGCAUUUGGAGCCCUAACCCUAACACCGGCCUCCCCCGCUCUCAGAGCUUUGGCUGCACCUCCAUUGCCGCUCGCAACCGUCCUACUCGUAUCCAACUUAAACGAAGAGAUGGUCACGCCUGACGCUCUCUUUACCCUUUUCGGCGUAUACGGUGAUGUGCAACGGGUGAAGAUCCUUUACAACAAAAAAGAUUCAGCUCUGAUUCAGAUGGCGGAACCGCACCAGGCCCAUCUAGCAAUGACUCAUAUGGACAAACUGCGCGUGUUUGGCAAAGCAAUGCGAGUGAUGCUCAGCAAACAUCAGACAGUCCAGCUGCCUAAGGAGGGGCAGCCAGAUGCUGGUCUUACACGUGAUUACUCACAAAGCCCCCUGCAUAGAUUCAAGAAACCGGGCAGCAAAAAUUAUCAGAAUAUCUACCCACCCAGCGCUACAUUGCAUCUAUCCAACAUUCCAGCGACCGUUUCGGAGGAUGACAUCAAAGACGCCUUCACUAAGCGUGGUUUCACGAUCAAGGCGUUUAAAUUCUUCCCGAAAGAUCGCAAGAUGGCGCUUGUCCAACUGCCCACUAUCGAUGACGCAGUUGCCGCGCUUAUCAAGAUGCACAACUACCAGCUCUCCGAGUCCAACCACCUUCGGGUCUCCUUUUCCAAGUCAAGUAUUUAA